CCAACACAGGAUCCAUGGAAGGAAGGCAUGUGGAACAAACGUCCCUCGCCCCUCGUCCCUCGUUCCUUUCUCUUUUGCUUCCUUAUUUGUAGCACGCGAACUUGGAAGAAGGCCGCAGCCUUUCCCCAGCUGACUGCUUUACAGAAAAUGAAAUCCCUUCCUCUCUGCCCACGGCUCCUUGAGGAUCGGUACAGAGAGACAUGCCUCUUCAAGGCUUAACUUGUACAGUUAUUGUUUCACAGCUGUCAGUCCAAGACGUUUAUUUCCAGUAGGUCCCCAUGUAUUUGACAUCUUUUUCGUGUAGUCUAUUGAAUCUCUGGACAGUGACCAUGUGAUUUAAGCAAAAUGGAAACGUUGGGUUGGUCAAACUAUCUGACCCAAGGCAAUGCUACUCUGUUUGGUGGAUUGACGGUGGUGCUAAGUCUUUUGCUCCAAGCCAUUUUCACCGAUUCAACAUGGACAGUUCUGGGUCAAGUGUUUUUGCUGGUACUCACCGCGUUGGGAACAGUCUUUGUUUUAGAUCUUCUUGUCAGCUCUCUAUGCAGCCGAGAAAGGGACAACCAACUGAGACGUGCUUUUCAAGGCCAAGUCAAUCAAUGGUUUUUCUACGUAUGGCCUUUCGAAAAGCCUUGUCAAGCUGUCAGAUCCUCCCCCAACUCAUCCCCAUCUCGGCAAGCCGCCCAAACGGCCUUGCAGAGCGAAGUUGAAAAGUAUGUCAAAAACAUCCUACUGCUCUACGUCUCGUCAUGGGCCGAUCAGAUCAGCAAAGGUCAGACUUUGGACAAAGAGGUGCAAAAUGACUUGCGGAGAAUCCUCACUGACCUCACGGACAACCUUCGACAACUCGACUUUCAAGCCAUUGUUCGCGAUGGGCUCCAAAUCGUACGCUUUCAUUACCAAAAGAUCCUGUCCAGUGAUGGUUCCACUGACUUGGAAUCUAGGUUCCCAUUCUCUCAUCCACUCCUCAUCCAAUCAGACAAAACCCGGAACAUGGAGCUGUAUUUUCGUAGUAUUACCCAAUUUCUAUUGGGACGUCUUCAGGUCUCGGCCACCAUUUCAACCAAGGUUGUCUUUGAUGUCUUAGUCGACAUUAUAUCGAAACAAGUGCUGCAGAGCACUUUUAACACAUAUUCAGAUCCUUUGUUCUGGAGCUCCCUGAUAAUUGACGACACGCAAAAGAAUCUCCCGCGAGAGACUCCUCAGGAAAAUGAGACCACUUCAGUCAAAGACAAGCAUCCUCGUCAAUACAGGAAAAGCAAGUCGGAAGUGGUCAAAGUCAAUAGACCCUAUUCCAAUCAAAAGCUUUUGGCCAGAAAGACGACCUUAGACCUCACCGGAUACUCGACUGGGCAAGAUGCCUCUGCUCCAGGAUCCAACCGAGAAUCGCAGACAUCAGGGAAGAUAUCCAACGCCCUUGGUGGACUCUUUUCUGCCACAGCGGGACCACUCUUGCCUGACAAUAUUGCCUUCAAGUCGUUCAACAAAAUGUGGCGCUCCAAUUCGAACGAGUCGUUCCAAUUAGACUCGCCCAAGAAACCCAAAAGUGACACACCAUCCCCUUUGGCUGCCAGGGUUUCAAUCGUGGAAAGUACCGAACUAUCUCAGCCCAAGGGCAAGUCUUGCGAAUCGCCUCGAAAGGGCAGCCGAAGGCGUCAUUCCUCGGUAGACGUGGGAAUCGAUGAAACGAAUCCUGUCAAGGAAACAACCAACAAUAAUCUUCGGCCACACAAUCAGGGAGAUCCUCUCGAAGACUCUCUCAACUACGAGGAGAGUGACAACCUGGAGAGUAGCAUCUCCAAGCUUCGUGCCUUGUUAGAUAAACGUCAGAGAUCGGAUUCAGGGUCCAACGACAGCGUGUUCAUGUCACAAGAGGGUGCCGAGGACGUCCACAAGGACAACAAUAUUCUCGAUGUCAAGGAUGUCCCCACAGAUGGCCGUCUCAUAAUCGAUAUCAAAAUCCCCGAGAUCGAAGUUCCGACUCUGGUCGAGGCCAACGCUUUCGGCUCUGAAGAGGAUUAUCCCUUGUUCUGUAUCCAUUACGACGGGAUUUACGUUGAACCGACCCUGCCAGGCAGCAGCUUCCGGUACAUUCUCCAGCCACGCGUGGUCAAACGGAAGUUUAAAGAGUUUUUGAACCUCCACGCUUGUCUUGAGAAUAACACCAAGCUUCGACCCGAGAUCAAAGGUAUCAAGAACCCGAGUAAAUGGCUAAAUCUCCCAUUCUCCAAACACAGCGAGCAAAGUCUCGAGAAUAAGCGACUCUUCUUGGAAAAGUGGCUGGUCACACUCUGUCAUCAACCCAGUGUGGCCGUGAGUCGAGAAUUGGGAGAUUUUCUCGCCUACGGCAACAAUGGACAGAUGGAAUAUGCCAAAAAAUCCGGUUCUGACGAGAGCAAGAUUGACAGACUCUUGUCAAGAACGGUCUCUGGGGUGAUCCACAGCAUCAAGGACGCGCUACCGAACUUUGAGGAUGAAAGUAACGGGAAUCCGACGGCCUUCAAUGCCCACCCAACCAAGGGCAACAACCAAUUGGUGCCUGUCAUCUACUCACCUAAUAGACCUUAUCACUCACUUACCUCCCUAGCCAAUACCCCAACCACGUCGUCAGUGCCUGAUGGAUUUUUUGGGAAACGAUCCAACUCCCUGACUCAGGAUUUCUCCUUCACCUACGUCACGAAUGGAUCCGAGCAAACGGACUUUGAGAGCACGGUGGAGUUCCAUCUGGAAUACUUUGAUCAAAAAUUGAAGGCUCUCAGGAAAUCAUCUCUCACUGGGUCCAAAUCCCCACCAUUCACCAUACCAACGAAAUUUGCCUCAGGCCCUUCGGUUUUGGGAGGAGAUGAAGCUAUUUCAAGCCUUCUCCUUGAUGUUUGCCAUCACAUUUUGAGCCAAAAAUGGCCUCAAGCCAAUUUGGAGGUGGCUUCCGAUUUGAGUAAAGGUCUGUUGGGAGACCUCAUUGAGGACAAAAUUGCUGAAACAUUGCGAGAUUGGAACGGAGAAGCUCUUUGGCAACAGAAUCUAGAAAACCUGCGCCAUUGGAUUUGGCCAAGUGAAGAAGACGAACUUGGGAGGAAAUGCCGGUCUACAGACGGAUGUCGGCAGUUUUUUCAACAGCCGCCCAUUCAACAACACUUACUCUUUCUUUGCUCGAGUCAAAAGGUGAACCAGGAACUGCUGAUAUUCCUGUUUGAAUUAAUAACGUGGGAACUACUAAUGCCAGGACGACGUUUUUAGAAGAGUAACGUGCAAAAACAGCAACAACACCGAUGACAUUUGUCACUCCCUCUUCGCGUCAAAUGCAUCUCGGCUCGGAUGGAGAAGCCUGUCAAUAACAAUAAAUCUAUUUAUGAAGAAAUGCA